AUGUCCCGUUUUGGAGUUUCCGAUCAUCUAAUCAGCAUGCAUGAUUGCAUCCUUUGCUAUUUCUGCGAAACUCGAGUUGCAUUCAUCGAGGAUUUCAUUCCUAAUGCGGAUGACUUAGUGUAUGGAGGGUACAUUAAUAGAUUGUUUCAUUAUAGUGCACCAAUUAACCACCAAGGUCAUCUAGAACGACGUGAUGGAAAUACCCUACUCAAUAUUUACUGUGUCCAAUGUCAAAUGUGGUUCGGCUGGCGACUUGUUAGGACUAUCCAACAGUCGGAGUAUUUUGUAGUAGGAAGAUACUUUAUGAAAUUGGAGCUGCUUAUAUACCAGAGUGGUGAAACGUUGCGUGAUGCUGUCUUUGGAGUCGCUAAUGAACAGGCUCCUAAUGGAGGUGCUAAUGCUGUUCAAAACGGAGUCGCUAAUGAACAGGCUCCUAAUGGAGGUGCUAAUGCUGUUCAAAAUGGAGUCGCUAAUGAACAGGCUCCUAAUGGAGGUACUAAUGCUGUUCAAAACGGAGUCGCUAAUGAACAGGCUCCUAAUGGAGGGGCUAAUGCUGUUCAAAACGGAGUCGCUAAUGAACAGACUCCUAAUGGAGGGGCUAGUGCUGUUCAAAAUGGAGUCGCUAAUGAACAGGUUCCUAAUGGAGGUGCUAAUGCUGUUCAAAACGGAGUCGCUAAUGAACUGGCUCCUAAUGGAGGGGCUAAUGCUGUUCAAAACGGAGUCGCUAAUGAACAGGCUCCUAAUGGAGGGGCUAAUGCUGUUCAAAACGGAAUCGCUAAUGAACAGGCUCCUAAUGGAGGUGCUAAUGCUGUUCAAAACGGAGUUGCUAAUGAACUGGCUCCUAAUGGAGGGGCUAAUGCUGUUCAAAACGGAAUCGCUAAUGAACAGGCUCCUAAUGGAGGGGCUAAUGCUGUUCAAAAUGGAGUCGCUAAUGAACAGGCUCCUAAUGGAGGUGCUAAUGCUGUUCAAAACGGAGUCGCUAAUGAACAGAAUCGUGGUCAACAUCGAGCCGGGAUAGUGAGACCAAGAAGACUUAGACCAAGAUGGAAUAGACCAUAUUGA